AUGUCUGGAGGUGGUAAAAUACACGGAGGUGGUAAAGGUAAAUCAUCAUCGCCAGUAGUAUCAACAACUCACGGUUUGAAAUCGCAAAGUUCAUCAGCAAGGGCAGGUUUACAAUUUCCUGUGGGGAGAAUUAAACGUUACUUAAAAAAGACAGCUGCUGGUAAAACAAGAGUAGGAUCUAAAGCAGCCAUAUAUUUAACUGCUGUACUAGAAUACUUAACUGCUGAAGUUUUGGAAUUGGCAGGCAAUGCAGCUAAAGAUUUGAAAGUUAAAAGAAUCACACCAAGACAUCUACAAUUGGCUAUUAGGGGAGAUGAUGAAUUAGAUUCUUUAAUUAGAGCCACUAUUGCUUCUGGUGGUGUAUUGCCCCAUAUAAAUAAAGCCUUAUUAUUGAAGGUUGAGAAAAAAAAGUCUUUUAAGAACUAG